AUGCUCGAGAGAUGGAGAGAGGUCGCUACACAGGUCCAACCACCGUUGCUAGAAAAAGAAACAACCAUGCUUUUCAUCAAUACAUUGAAGGCGCCUUUCAUUACUCAUAUGUUAGGUAACGCAACUAAGAGUUUUGCAGACAUAGUAAUGUCUAGCGAAAUGAUAGAAAAUGCCAUAAGAUCAGGUAAGAUAGAAGUCAGGGAGAACACGAGAAGGUCAGCCCCGAAGAAAAGAGAGAAUGAAGUAGGUAAUGUGAGCUCAGGCUACGCAAAACCGGCCAUUGUUAAUCACUCAAGGGCGAUAGUCACAGCCAAAGAGCCUCACCAAGCGGAGCCUAACAUGAGACAGAAUACAGAGAAGUUUCAAUUUACUCCCAUACCAGUGACAUAUAGGGAGUUGUACAAAAGUCUGUUUGAUGCACAUAUAGUGGCUCCUUUCCACUUAGAGCCGUUGCAGCCCCUAUACCCUAAGUGGUACGAUGCAAAUGCUCAGUGCGAAUACCACGCAGGGAUUACGGGGCACUCGAUAGAAAACUGUACCUCAUUCAAAAGGUGCGUGGAAAGGCUUAUCAAAGCAGAUGUUCUAAAAUUUGAUGAUACACCUGGUACAGGAAAUCCGUUGCCUAGUCAUACUGAUAAAGGGGUAAACGCGAUAAUUGAGAAUGUGGGGAGAAAAGUCAAGCUGAAUAUCGCGGAGGUGAGAACCCCAUUGAAGCUAGUUUGGAAUGAAAUGCAGAAGAGAGGUUUAGUCCCACAAGAGUUGGGAGAUAAAAUCCAAGAUACACGGAACUACUGUGAGUUCCAUCAUGAGAAAGAUCACGAGAUACAGAAUUGUAUUGAGUUCAGAGCCCUAGUACAGGGUCUAAUGGAUAAUAAGGAAUUGGAGUUCUUUAAAUCUAUCGAAGAGGGGGAUGUAUGCUCGCUAGGAGGAGAGUCGAGUGAAGAAGGCGGCAAAGCCAGCCGUCCAAUGAUAAUUAUUUCGAAGCCUAGAGUUAGUGAAGUAGAAGCAAGAAUUACACCAAGAGUUAUAAUCCAGAAGCCAACAGCUUCCCCUUAUAAAGAUAGCCAUAGGGUGCAUUGGAAUUAUAACUGUAGUAUAGCAGUUUCAAAGAAUGAGGGUUCGAUUAACACGCCAAACAUAGAAGCCGAACCAGCAAAAGGGAAACUCGUCAUGUUUAGGCAAGAAGUAGAGAGAUCAGAACCACUAGUUAAUGAGCCAGUAAUGGAAAAGGAAGCCAAGGAGUUCUUGAAGUUCCUAAAACACAGCGAGUAUAAUGUUGUGGAACAACUACACCAACAAUCGGAUCGCAUAUCGGUAUUGGCUCUGCUGUUAAAUUCGGAGGUCCUCCGCAACGCAUUGAUGAAAGUGUUGAACGAAACCUAUGUUGCGGAUGACAUUUCAGUUAACAAAUUGGAUCGUCUCGUCAGCAACAUAAGCGCUGACAAUUUCAUCUCCUUCAGCGAUGAUGAGAUACCACCAGGGGGUAGGGGGUCUAUUAAGGCUCUACAUGUCACUACACGUUGCAAGGGGUAUACACUACCCGGAGUACUAGUUGAUAAUGGGUCCGCAUUAAACGUGUUGCUGUUGGCUACAUUAAACCGUUUACCUAUAGACAGUUCCCAUAUAAAGACGUGUCAGAACAUAGUAAGAGCAUUUGAUGGCACGGAAAGGAAAGUAAUGGGAAGGAUAGAAGUACCUCUUCAGAUUGGCCCAAACACGUACGAGGUAGAUUUCCUCGUGAUGGAUAUUAAGCCUUCCUAUAACUGUCUAUUAGGAAGACCUUAG